GCAGUGGCUUCUGGUUUGAAGACCAUCCCGAUUCUCCUGUUCCGGGCCUCAGCUAAGGUCCAGUAUCGGUCCCUGUGUGUUCCUGAUGACCUGAUGGACCGUGGAGUUAUGAAACUGCCUAACAGCUACUACGCUCAUGAUGCUCUGAGAGUGUGGGACGCACUGCACAGGUUCGUGACCAGCUGGGUGGAUCUGUAUUAUAAAGGAGAUGAAAACAUCCAGAACGACUCUGAGCUGCAGAACUGGGUCAAUGACAUCACAACUCACAGCUUCCCAAAGAGCUCAGGCUUUCCUCAGAGUUUUUCCACCAAAGCAGAAGCUUGUAAGUUUGUCACCAUGUUCAUUUCCUCCUGCUCGGCUCUGCACGCUGCCGUCAACUUCUCCCAG